CACACACACACACACACACACACACACACACAGUCUCUGUAAUGUGUGUAUUUGCAUCCGAGUCUCACAGUAGAAGUUGCUGAUUAGCUGAAGAGGAUCAUGACCAUGAGUUUCUUCGGGAAGCUAAAAAACCUACACAGCGGACCCCCGGCUCCCCCCAAGAGAAUAGAUAAUAAUGCUGGAUACGGCUGGUCUGAGGAUGAAUUUGGUGAAGAAGAUUGUGAUACGUAUGAAGCUCCGCCCUGCGAGCGCCCGACUAUUAAAGUCCAGCGUCAGCCGGUAGAGGAGAACGUUUACCUGGGUUAUCCUGAGAGAACUCCACAUCCUGUUAUUCCUCAGAGACAGGUGGCUCCGCCCCCACGACCUGCCAAGAUGACACCUAAAACGAGACCGCCUGAGCCGCCGCCUGAUCAGGAGGAAUUCUACAUCGACCCGAACAACAGAAAAUUUCCUGAAGUUAAUCGUAAAGAUAAGAAGGCGGUGAGGAAGAGUCCUCCAGCUGUUCCGGCUCCAAACCAUGAAGAAGAUGUUUAUCUCGACCCAAAUGAAGGACAGGGUGGGAGAUGUCCGUCUCCUGAGGUGUAUUUGGAGCCGACGCAGGCUCGGCCCCCGGUCCCCCGCGGGGGUGUUCGUGUGGUUCUGCCCACCAGCGUUCCUCCUGCUCUCAUAAUGAAACCGCCUGUUCCCAGAGCCAAAUCUAACUCUAUUGCCGCCGGUGACUUUGUGAAGUCAGGUCCACCUCCAGACAUGAGGAGCUACACCUUUCCUGCUAAAGCUCCGCCCCCCACACCUCACACCAAACCACCCCUACCAAUCAGCCUGAAGGAGCCCAAACCAAGUCCUCCUGUUCCUCCGUCAGUCGAGAGCUCAGCGCCGCUGAUCACACCUGGAGGACAGAAUCAGGAGGCGGGGCUGGAGGAUCAGGAGUGGUUUGCGGGAGAAUGCGGCCGCAGGACAGCGGAGGAAACUUUACUCAGAAUUAACCUGGACGGAUCGUUUCUGGUCCGCUGCAGUACGGCUCAGGACGCUCGGCAGCCCUUCACUCUGGUGGUUCUGUUUAAUCAGAAGGUUUAUAACAUCCCGGUGCGCUUCCUCAGAGACUCCAGCAGCUACGCCCUCGGCAAGGAGGGCAAGAAAAACGAAGAGCUCUUCGACAGUCUGCAGGAGAUUAUCUCCCAUCAUAAGGAUAAUCCUCUUCUUCUGAUUGACAGCAAGAGUCAGUCUAAACACACCACUUAUCUCACACACCCUGCACAUCCCUAACACGCACACCCACACACCCACACACACAUACACACACACACCCCCACACACACAUACACACACACACACACACACACCAACAUAUGUAUGUACACAUGCAGAUGUACUCUCUCACAUAAAUAACACAUUUUCUCUCUCUCACACUAAACCUCAAUACUCACUAUACACAAAUGUAUGCAUGUUAUGCUAUUUUUCACUAUUUCUUCUAAAUGUUUAUUGAAUAUAGAUUCUAAUGUAUAAUGCAUGUUAUUUUAUUGUUUUAAUAAACUAAAUGUAAACGCUGUAUACUGCAGUGUGUCUUUACUGCUAAAUAAAGCUCAUCAUCAACAACA